GGGAAGGUGCCCGGCGGAGGCACCGCCUCCCUCCUCAGCAGUGUCACACCUCUACUUCCAAGCAUACUUCAGCAGCCUGCGAGGGCUCUGACUUACUGGAGCUUACAGAAGGGGAAGAGGAAAACUGUGAAGGCUGUUGUUGAGAGGUUCCUCCGGCUGCACAAUGGGCUUUGGGUCAGGAGAAAGGCUGGUUAUAAGAAGAAGCUGUGGAAGAAGUCAGCUUCCCAGAGGAAGCGUUUGAGAGAGCUGGUGCUCUGCAACAGGACGCAGUGUAAGCUCCUUGAUAAAAUGACCACUUCUUUCUGGAAGAGAAGGAACUGGUAUGUUGAUGAUCCCUACCAGAAGUACCACGACCGCACAAAUCUUCGUGUGUAAAAAUCUU